AUGUCCAAGAAUUUCUCCCAAGUCCCGCCGUCUACUGGCCGAGAAGGCUCCCCACUGUCGCUGGCCUGCAGCAUGCAGCGUUCCCUAAUCAGCGGCGAGUACAGUGACGUGCAGUUUACCGUCGGGCGACAGUUCGGACCAGUGAAAUGUUUCCCUGUGCACAAGUACGUUCUGUGCUUGCGUAGCACGGUGUUUGGCGCCAUGUUCUACGGGAAAUUGCCUGAAAAGUGUGAUCAGGCUAUCGACAUUCCUGACGUUAUACCCGAUGCUUUUGCGAACAUGCUCAGCUUUCUCUACACUGAUACCGUGGGACAUUUGCGUGUGGACAACGUCAUCGCGACGCUGAUGUGCGCGGACAAGUAUGAUCUGCCACAGCUGCAGAAGCUCUGCUGCGACUUUAUCAGCGGCCAACUCAGUGUCGACAACUGCCUGGCCAUGCUGGAGCAUGCGGUGCGUUUCCGUGCCGAAGCGGCCGUGGAGCGCUGCCUGGAUUUUAUUGACCGAUCCGCUGACGGAGUUUUCCAGUCGAAGCAUUUCGCGGUUUUGGAUCAGAGCACCCUGGCGAUGUUUCUAGAGCGGGACACGCUGUCCGUGGUGGAAAACAACGUUUAUUUUGCUGCAGAACGGUACUGCAUUCCUACUAUAGCAGCGUAUGCACAUUGCUGA